GUAGCCUCAAAUUUCCAUCUGUUACCUUCUCUGCACUUCUCUGAACUCUCAAUUUAUCGUCCCUUCAUUCUUCUCUGUCUCUCUCAGAGUUAGACAAACAAACAAAAUGGUGAAAUCGAAAAAGUACAGAGGCGUCAGGCAGCGCCACUGGGGCUCUUGGGUCUCAGAAAUCCGCCACCCCUUACUGAAGAGAAGGGUGUGGCUAGGCACGUUUGAGACAGCUGAAGAAGCAGCCCGAGCAUACGAUGAAGCUUCCGUUUUGAUGAGCGGACGAAAUGCCAAGACCAAUUUCCCAAUAAUAACUUCUACAACUCAGAGUAAUGGUACCCGUACCACAGUAGGAUCAUCAGAUCACCCAAAAACUAGUAGCGGCGACUUGGAUUCACGAUCCGAACAGAAGGGUCUGUCGGAAAUCUUGCAUGCCAAGCUAAGGAAAUGCGGCAAGAUACCAUCUCCAUCCAUGACCUGCUUGAGGCUCGACAAUGAGAGCUCUCAUAUAGGAGUAUGGCAAAAACGUGCAGGUCAACGCUCUGAUAACUCCAAUUGGGUCAUGACUGUUCCACUUGGCAAGAAGAAGAAUAAUAGUACUGUUGAUACUAAUAAUGCUGAUGAUCAGAGUGUUCUGUCAUCACAAUUUAUGUCGAAUUCAGAUCAAUCUGCUUCGAUUGAAACAUCAUCAGAGAGGCCCCCCCAACUUAUGGCGGAGAUGGAUGAAGAAGAGAAAAUUGCGUUGCAGAUGAUAGAAGAGCUGCUUAACGGAAAUUGUGCAAGUUCGGAUUUAUCAUUUGGCAUUCAACAAGGGGAGGAAAGAAUUUAUUUGUAGUACUACUAACUAUUUAUGUAUUUGGUAAAAAUUAAGAAAUAUUUAGUGUUGUAUAUUACCGAUAUCAAUAAUCUAUGUACGUACAUAGGUGAAGCAAAGUCUGAUGAUAAAUAAUAUAUAUUUGGUUAUAUGGUGGUUGAAAGGGUGAGUGUAAUAAUUGUAACCCAUUACAGUGUCCAAUUGCAUGUAAUACCCUUUUUAAUUUGUC